ACUGGAAACCCCGUACUGACUGAAGGGACCCAAGAUGGCUGAAUACUCACAGGGGGGGCAGUUAGCCAUUAUCUGAGCAAGACAUCGGGAAUGAAUGGCAAAUAGCGUUGUAAUGUAAACUGUAACCUUAAAGUAACUACACGACUACAGUUUGUUGGUUUGCAUAUUGUUUUGGAAUGCAUGAAUACCAGUAAGGGGAGAGUGGUCUCUCCGCGGCCCCGAGCCAGAACAUGGCGGAACACUUGGGGAAGAAAUAGCAUAGCCGCUAACGCUAGCUAGCUGGCGCAUUAUUCAGACACAAUUAGUAACAUUGGUCCAGGGUAAACACGGUGUCUGCCGUCCGCAAUAGAAAAAUAAUGUUAUCGCUGUAUAGCUCUAGUCAUUUUGCUUCAAAGGGUUGUUUAACAUUGACAAUAUAGAGCGUAGACUGUUAGCGUACUAGCUAGCUAGCUAGUUAACUCGUUAGGUUUUCUAGCUAACGUUGCCCGCUAGCGUACAAACUGACGUUACUAAUAAUCUGACAGAUUGUUUUGGGGGCCAAAUAUCGUUACGGUGGGGCUCAUUCUGGAUAGCGUUACUCCUCUCUUAACUGUGUGCUAGGACUCCGCAAUAUCCGUCACCCCUUGUUUUGUCGAUUAACACGUUAUCUAAUGUUGGCUAAUGCCCUCCACGUAAAGUAAUAUUAGACUAUCGUCAGCUUACUACAAUGAUCUGUAAGAUUAUUUAGUGGGUCUCGUUGCUUCUAACACAAGCAAUAUACGUAUUAUCCGUAGCUCGUUAAAAUAAUCAGAUAUUAUAAUCGUAACUGCAUAAUCGAUCCGGGAAUCAUCCUUGAUGCUCGUCCGGGUGUUGCGCUUCUAAGCUCCUUCAAAGAAGUGUUGACCUGAACUGGUUGACCCCUGACACUAGCUAGCUAGCUAGUUAAGUUAGUACUGCAUUGUAGACGUGAUCAGGUGUUAACCGUGAAUUGAAGUUGUGGCGUUACUGACGUUAGGUGAAGCAGGCACCCUGUAAAAGCCAAGAAGGUCCGGAAGGGGGAAACCGGUUACAACUACCUGCCAGGAUGACUGACACUCGUCGCCGAGUCAAAGUCUAUACCCUCAAUGAGGACCGACAGUGGGAUGACCGUGGAACCGGGCACGUCUCCUCGGGCUAUGUGGAGCGUUUGAAAGGCACGUCUCUACUGGUGCGAGCAGAGAGUGAUGGUUCCCUACUGCUGGAGUCCAAAAUCAAUCCAAACACUGCCUACCAGAAACAACAGGAUACAUUGAUAGUAUGGUCAGAGGCAGAAAAUUAUGAUCUGGCACUCAGCUUCCAGGAGAAGGCUGGCUGUGAUGAAAUCUGGGAGAAAAUAUGCCAGGUGCAGGGAAAGGACCCAUCAGUGGACAUCACCCAAGAUGUGGUGGACGAGUCUGAGGAGGAACGCUUUGACGACAUGUCGUCGCCAGGUCUGGAGUUACCACCAUGUGAACUGAACCGCUUGGAGGAUCUGGCUGAGCUGGUGGCCUCCUCACUCCCAUCCCCACUGCGGCGCGAGAAACUGGCCCUGGCUGUGGAAAACGAGGGAUACAUUCGCAAGCUUCUGGAAUUGUUCCGUGUGUGUGAGGAUUUGGAGAACAGAGAGGGACUGCACCACCUGUAUGAAAUCAUUAAAGGCAUCUUCCUGCUCAAUCGUACUGCACUUUUUGAGGUUAUGUUCUCUGAGGAGUGCAUCAUGGACAUCAUUGGUUGUCUGGAGUUUGAUCCAGCACUCCCACAGCCACGGCGGCAUCGGGAGUUUCUAACUAAGACAGCCCGCUUUAAAGAGGUGAUUCCCAUCUUGGAUCCUGAACUGCGUCAGAAAAUACACCAGACGUAUCGGGUGCAGUAUAUUCAGGACAUGGUGCUGCCCACCCCCUCUGUUUUUGAGGAAAACAUGCUGUCCACCCUGCACUCCUUCAUCUUCUUCAACAAGGUGGAGAUUGUGGGCAUGCUACAGGACGAUGAGAAGUUCCUGACAGACCUCUUUGCACAGCUAACAGAUGAGGCUACAGAUGACGACAAAAGACAUGAACUGGUGAACUUCCUAAAGGAAUUCUGUGCAUUCUCACAAACGUUACAACCUCAAAACAGGGACGCCUUCUUCAAGACAUUGUCAAACAUGGGCAUUUUACCUGCGCUAGAGGUCAUCCUGGGAAUGGAUGACGUUCAGGUGCGUGGGGCAGCCACAGAUAUUUUCUCUUAUCUGGUGGAGUACAACCCCUCCAUGGUACGAGAGUUUGUUAUGCAGGAGUCUCAGCAGAAUGAUGACGACAUCCUCCUGAUCAACCUGAUCAUAGAACACAUGAUCUGUGACACAGACCCAGAGCUAGGUGGAGCAGUGCAGCUGAUGGGUCUGCUUCGGACUCUGGUGGACCCUGAGAACAUGCUGGCUACUGCAAAUAAAACGGAAAAAACAGAGUUCCUGAGCUUCUUCUACAAGCACUGUAUGCACGUCCUCUCAGCUCCCCUACUGGCCAACACCACGGAGGAAAAACCAAGCAAAGAUGAUUUUCAAACAUCCCAAUUGCUGGCCUUGAUUUUGGAGCUGCUGACGUUCUGUGUUGAGCACCACACCUAUCACAUUAAGAACUACAUCAUCAACAAGGACAUUCUCAGGAGGGUACUGGUGCUCACUGCCUCUCAGCACGCCUUCCUGGCCCUAUGUGCCCUACGCUUCAUGCGGAGGAUCAUCGGUCUGAAGGAUGAAUUCUACAAUCGCUACAUCAUGAGAAACUUUCUCUUCGAGCCUGUCAUUAAGGCCUUCCUUAACAACGGCUCACGCUACAAUCUCAUGAACUCAGCCAUCAUUGAGAUGUUUGAGUAUGUCCGUGUGGAGGACGUGAAGUCUCUCACAGCUCAUAUAGUAGAGAACUACUGGAAAGCCCUGGAGGAUGUUGACUAUGUCCAAACCUUUAAAGGAUUAAAGCUGCGGUAUGAACAGCAGCGAGAGAGGCAAGACAACCCCAAACUGGAUAGCAUGCGCUCCAUCCUGAGGAACCACCGUUUCCGCCGUGAUGCACGGACACUGGAGGAUGAAGAGGAGAUGUGGUUUAACACCGAUGAGGAUGACCUCGAGGAUGGUGAGGCAGUGGUUCCUCCCUCUGACAAGAUGAAAAGUGAGGAAGACCUCAUGGAACCUAUAAGCAAGUUCAUGGAGAGAAAGAAAUUGAAAGACACAGAUGACAAAGAAGUACUGGGGAAGUCCAGCUUAUCAGGCAGGCAGAACCCCAGCUUCAAGCUCUCCUUCUCUGGCUCCACUAAAACCAGCCUCUCCAGCCCUCCUUCAUCUGCCUCACUGAACCCAGGCUCUCCGGGAUCACCAGGUUCUCCUGGCUCAGGGGCACGGGGCUCACCCUCCACCACAACUGUAACCACAAAGGUAGGUUUAGUGGGACUGGUGGACUAUCCUGAUGAUGAUGACGAGGAGGAGGAGGAGGAGGACGGAGAAGAGGAGGAGGAUGGGGAGAGUAAAGAGGACCCUGUGCCACCUUCGAAGAAGUCCAAACUGAGUUCCUAAAGAAGCUCCACUGUCUCCGCUUGUGCUGUGCUCGGACAGUUCCAGCGCAUAGACUACACAGGAAUGAUCAAACUUGUAAACAAAUUGAAUGAAUGAAAGCCACCGCUUGCGAUCAGCGGGUGGCCAACAGAGGAGCAGACGUUGAAUGGAUAUGAAGCCUCCUCAGACUAGCCCACUUCAUACAAGUGCCAAUCAGGAAGCCAGGAGUGAUACGUCUGAAACGUGGAGCAGACGUGUGAAAGUUGGGAGAGAAACGAUCACACUCAGACAGCAUGAGACAGGUUGGAGUUUGGUUAUUUAGCGACUUGAGGAAAAGACCACAUACAAAAACACAUGUACAUGCAAACUGAAAUCCCAGAGAGCUUGCAGGCUCUGACCAUAACCCACUGCCCCCCGCCCCCCCACUCAGGGAAGGACAUCACAGCGGCCCAAAUGGGUUGGCCAAUUCAGACCCAGAACCAACACUCGCACCCCCCAUGCCCCUCCCCAGAAUUCGCCAUCCUCCUUGUUUCUUUCUACUUCUUUUUCUCCUCUGCUCUUUCUCCCUUUCUUUGUCUGUUGCUUUUCGUCCCUUUUUUAAGUUAGUAUAUAGGACCAGACGGGAGGCAGCAUGUGGCAAAGAGCUGUCCUUGUUGUCGUUUGAUGAUGUCAUCAGUGUCGUCGUUCCUCAGCGGACGUUCUUUCUCUGAAGAGGAAAAAAAAAAAGCCAGCAGUUUCUUCAUUUUUGUUUUGUUCUCUAUUUGUCUCUCAAUCUUUCUCCUGUUUUUUGUAAAUGAUAACAAAAAAGACCUGCCUUUAAAUGUUCAGGACGUUUUCAGUCACACUUGAACAGGUUUUUAAAGACCUCAUUAGGUGAGCUAGUUUUACCCUUUUUGCCCUUUGAAACUGCAGAUUUUUUGGAGAAUUUGUAAUCCCGUCUUGAUUAAAGAUUGAGUGGAAUUCUAGAUGUGAUGAUUUUUGUCAUAUCUUUUCAUUUUUUCCUUUUACAUGAGUGUAUUCUUAGUUGUUCAGAAUAUUUGGGACCAUUAAAAUGAUCUUUGCUGUAA